CAAAUAUUUCGGAGCUAUUUCAUAUUCACAGAGAUAAUAGACUGACGUCAUAAUGGUAUUAUAGGCAAACAGUCUAUCGUAAGCUAUCCUGUUCAUCAGCUGAGGUUGCCCCGGAUGAAUGUUGUGCUGAUAGCAGUAUGGUUAAUGUGAAUAUAUUUGUUUUUUCCUUGACGCCCGAUUCCUAAUGGAUUGAUGCUGCUACUACAGUUCGAGAUCUUGUGCUAGUUCUGGAUAAACCAAACUCAAAUGUGCUCGGAUAAUUUCAGGUGGUUACUCAUACUUUUGGAUGAUGUAGGAGUAAUUCUAAAAAUCCUACCGCUGUAGUCUAGAAAAGGAGUAAAACGUUUAAAAUGGGUGACCCUUUCGAAAUUUUGAGUCGACUUCGUCGCAAUGCCAACUCAUCUUCUUCCUCGUCAUCGGAAGAAGACCUCUUCUCCGAGUCUAACAACCUGGCCAUGUUUGUCGUCAUCCCCGUGAUGGUGAUAGUGUACGGGGGAUGCGCGUGCAUCUAUUGCUGCUACAAGUGCAGGCGCUACAUGAAGGAAAACAGGCCGUUCCAAGAUUUAGCCGACAAGAUUCGUGGACGAGAAACGGCGGGAAACAACGAAGAAACUGAGAUCACGGAUGAGGCUUCGCAACACGAUCACCCGGAUGAAGAAUCGCGUUUGGAAUCGAGUCAAGAAGGCGAAAAGCUUAAUUUGGAUGAAGAUGCGAAUGAAAAGACAAGACAGGAUAAUAAUAACGUGCAUUCUAAUCACAGUUCCCCUGGGCCCGAGGGAGCCAUUCGUUACGUGGAUUACGACACAGAUUUACGGUCAGCCAUGUCUACUCCGGGAAUGCAGUACAAACGAAACGGUUCUGUAAAGUCAAAACGAAUGAAACUUAGCACACCUAUUGCCGUAGUAUACAACGAAAACGAUGCUGAAUUACGAUCGGAUUCAGGGAUAAUGGAGGAUGCUGCACUCAGUUUGGUACAUUCAGAUUCAAGAUCGUCUAGACAAAGAAUGCUUGUUGAAGCACCGCUCUCAAUUGAAGAAAUCGACAAUCCGGCUGUGGAGACUACAGGAAGUUCAACAUCCAAGGGCAAUACUCAAGAAGCAGCCAAGUCAGAAACUCUUGCAAGAUAUAUAUCUACGUCCGAAAUUGCUAUUCAGACUGAUGAUAGCGGUUUUAAAAAGCGCGGGGCUUCAAACACCAAAUCAAAGUCUUUGAAGGAUUAUGUGGUAGUGGCGAAAUAUAUGAACUGGAGAAAAACUAAAAAGGGUUCAGAGAAAGAACGUACGAGAGACCACUCGGGAUUCUUCACAAAAUCAGACACGAAACAUAGUCUCUCGUCGGAUUCCGGAGUAAGUGUCAUCAGUGGUCACAAAAUGUCCGAUUCAGUCAGCAGGGGCGCGAGCAUGUUCGAAAUGAGUUCCAGAAGUAGGAAUGCACGUGCGCCAUUCACGUCAGAUAAAUACUCUGUGUAUAAUUCGCGCGCAACCAACAGAUAUGCUAAUCAACCACUAAAGAAAACACAAACUUCGUUGACAAACAAUGAUUUAAAAAAGUUCAUCAUAGGACCAUGGAAGUAACAAAGGAAUCCGCUCGUAUUUAAUUCAUCCAUCUCCAUUGAUCUUCAUUAUUUUUAAUGUUAAGUUUCUAGUUUGUACGUCUGUUUGUUUUCAGUAAAAAAAUUAUAUA